UAUUUCCACAUUCCUUGCUUUCUAUUUCAGCUGGCUUUUGAUUUUCUUCUUCUUCUUAUUCAGAUUCUUCUUCUUGCAAUCGUCGGCGGUUGUGAGGGGCGCUGAUGACUGGUGUUCUUUUAUAGCUUCGCUGUGUCAUAGUUACUGUUCAUAGUAUGAUUACUACUUGGGUCACUGACCUUCUCAAUUACAUGUGUCGUUGUUUUGGAUGCUGCACUAAACCCACACCGAUUAUUGCUGUGGAUCAGCCAUCAAAAGGAUUGAGAAUUCGAGGGCGUAUAGUGAGGAAGCCUAGCAUUUCUGAUGAUUUUUGGAGCAGCAGUACAUAUGAAUUGGAAAACAGUGCUCUCCAAUCUCAAAGGAGCUUGUUGUCGAUCAGUGCAUCGAACCAAAUUCUAAGUCAAUGCAGUAGCAUCAGUGGCAUGGUCAUCUCAUCUGAUUUUGUAAAUCAGGGUCUUAUUAUCUGGAAUCAGUCCAGACUCCAAUGGAUUAGGAGCGGUAGGCAAAGGAAUCAUACUCAACAAAGUCGAGAGCCUAGAUUAAGUUUGAAUGCAUCUUAUGAAAGUUUACUUGGGACCAGGAAUCCAUUCCCUCAGCCAAUUCUUCUUUCUAAAAUGAUUGAUUUUUUGGUAGAAGUAUGGGAGCAGGAGGGAUUGUAUGAUUGAAGUUAGUAUCAGAGAAAGAAAGACGAUUUUAGUUUUUACAUAUUAAAAGUGUCCAUCUUUGUAAUUCUGAACAUUUAGGGGAAGUUGUAAAUAAGUGUGGGGAAACGAAGA